CAAAGCGUGAGUAGGGUGGACUGUGCACUUCCUGUCACCGAUUACAUAACCACAUCCAAAUAUUCCGUACUUUGCCAGGCCUAGUCAGAACUCUACCAAGCCAACAUCGUGAAUAUCUUGAAGCAGCCAGAGUCGGGCCAAUGUCGAAGCCCUCUCUCCCAGCCCCCGUUCCGCAAGGUGCAUUGCACUUGUAUCGACAUCUCCUCAGGGAAGCCUCGUAUCUCCCACCCGUCUGCCAGCCCUUCAUCUCGGAGAGGAUCACAGCGCGAUUCCGCAAGCACCGUCCUGAUCCCGACCCGGCCCCGAGCCUGCACCAGGCAAGCCAUGGCCUCCGAUACCUGCGGGCCGCCAACGCCGGCGACAUGACGCGGAUGCGCCGAGUCCUGCUUCUCGCCUUUGGCCGUAUCGGACGCCGCCGCCGGGAGUUGCUGGACCGCCUGGUUCGCAAGGAUCCGCCCGCGGACUCGGCCGCCCUUCAGGAACUAAUCCAUUCUGCCUCGGCCAGGUCAGGUUCAGAGCCCGCCGACGGGCCCGACGACUGGCUUGCCAAGUGGGACGUCGGGAAGAUCCGGGCCUUCCUCGCCUCGCAGUCCCAGGCCGGCAUUCAGAGCUCCCCGCGGCCGGUCCUCAAGAGCAAGCACGUAAAUCCCGAAAAGUCGAUUCCCACCGAGAACACGUGGGGCCGUCCACUACAUCCGAGAUUGGCAAGGUCAAAGCUGAAGAAGGCCUGGAAGAAGCUUAUUGAUAGGGUACUGCCGCCGGUACCGCAUGGGGAAUGGGAGGUGCUGCGGGACCUAGCAGCUGGGAAGCUGACAGGCCCCGAAUGGACAGUACCAGCCCGGCGCCCCGUUGCUGCACCUAGCGACGAAGCUGGAAGUCAGGAGCAACUGUGGCACUGGGUCCCGUACACUAUCCAGCCUGUCCGGCAGGUGGAGCGGAAACACUCGCGAAGGUUCAAGCUCAUGACCGGAUCCGUAGACGACGGCUCGUUGCUCGGUUCGUCGCCGGCGAAGGUUCACAAUUACACGGCCCGAUUCUGGCGGCGCCUCUAUUCACACGUGUGGCACAUGACGGCAACGAUGGAGAAGAAACCAGUCGGCAAUGGGUGGAAUAUCAAGUGGGGGAACGCACGCCUGGAGCUCUCUCCGCCGACAGCCGGCCAUGCAGAGUUCUUCCAGGGAGUCUCCAAGGACGGCAGACUUUCCGCGACGCCGGCGAAGGGACAGAAGAAGCAGCCAUCUCCAGUCGGUUGACAUACAAUCCUGUUUACACCACGACACACACCCCUUAUCGCCCCCGGAGCCGCAGCCUCACUACCUCCGCCUCCCCGUCGACACGCAUCCCCACCCACUCGUCCAGCGCCUUGGCGCCAAUGCUCUCGUAGAACUUGAUGCUCGGCUCGUUCCACUUCAGCACGUUCCACUCGAGACGCCCGCCCCGCAUAGCCUCGACCUCCUUCGCCAGCUCGACCAGCAGGCGCUUCCCGUAACCGUUGUUCCGCUCCGUCUGCCGCACGAACAGGUCCUCGAG